AAUCUCCUGAGCGGAAACUUUAUGUGACAUGUCAACAAUGACACAAAAUGAUAAAUGAAGUGUAAAGUAAAGAUUACAGUAAACACAACACUUCAAUUAACACUGAGAUCUAUCACUUAACAAUAAGAGUCCUGAGACAAGUCAACCCAAGGUUACAGUACAGGGGAAUGGCUUGUGUAAACAAAGUUAUGAGGUUUUAUCAUGGAAAAAAAGUUAUUUUAUCCAUGUGCAAAUACUGGCACGGCCAUUCAUCAGUAAGAAUACAAAAACAGUUAAGCACUUCAUCAGUGACUCAUCAGUUUGAUAUUUCUGGUAUUUUCCCACCAAUUCCUACCCCUUUUAAUGAAGAUGAGACUAUUAACUUUGAUAAACUAGAGUUCAAUAUGAAGAUAUGGAAUAAAAUGCCUUUUAAAGGAUAUGUUGUACAAGGAUCUAAUGGUGAGUUCUGCUUCCUAAAUUGGGAUGAGCGUGAGAUGAUGGUAAAAGACACAAAGAGUCUAGCUGCUCCAGGGAAAUUGAUCAUUGCUGGAUCUGGAUGUGAAUCCACAAGGGAUACAAUUCUUUUAUCCAAGAAAAUGGCUGAAGCAGGAGCAGAUGCUGUCCUGGUUGUCAACCCAUUUUACUUUAAAGCCAGCAUGACAGCAGAUGCACUGACAAGACAUUUUACAAAAGUAGCUGAUCAGGUGCCUGUACCUGUUAUCCUAUAUAACUUGCCCAGUAACACUGGGAUGGACAUUCCACCGGAAGUUGUGAUUAAACUUGCCCAACAUCCAAAUAUCAUUGGAAUGAAAGACAGUGGUGGUGAUAUCACUCGUAUUGCAUCUAUUGUCUAUGAAACAUCUUCAUUUGAUUUUCAAAUUUUGGCUGGUUCUGCUGGUUUUCUUCUUGCAGCUCAUAAUGUUGGUUGUGUGGGAGGAAUCUGUGGUAUAGCUAACGUGCUAGGUAACGAAGUUUGUGAAUUGCUUAAAUUAGCUCAGGCUGGUGACUUAAAGUCAGCAAUGGACUUACAGUUAAGACUUGUCAUCCCAAACAGCUAUGUGACUCGACGACUGGGUGUUCCUGGACUAAAGAAAGCAAUGGAGUGGUUUGGAUACUAUGGAGGACCAACGAGGUCACCCCUCACCCCUCUUAAGCUAGAAGAGGAACAAGCUUUGAAAAAAGCUUUUAAAAAAUCAUUGUUUUUAUAAACAGAUAUUUAUAUUUUAAGCUGUUUAAAAAUAGAAAAGGAAAGUAAAAUCAUUGAGGUUAAAUUAGAAAAAAAUCAUCUAUUACUAAAUAUUUUAGGAAAUGGGCAUAAACCAGGGAUGUUUUUUGUAAAUCAGUAGCAAGUUUCAAUUUUUAACAUAAUUUUGAUUUUUAGAAAAGCAGAACUUUUCAUCAAGUUGCUACUGUAAUAUAAACUGUUUUGCAUUUUUGAACAUUCCUUAUAAAAAGUCAUUUAAAACUUUUAAAUAUAGAUAGGUCUAUAUUUUCCAGAAUUUGUUUUGAUUAAAAACAUUCAAUAUAUAAGGAAAAAAAAAUUCUGUAAUUUUUUUUUAUAAUAACUUAAUCAGAUGUUUUAAAUUUUUAUAUUGCAUAUUUAGAAUUUGAAAUAUUCUUUUGUUUGUAAACAGAAUUUUUUAUUUCUAAAUAUUUAUAUCUUUGUGGUUAACCUGUGAAUAGCCAAAACCGGUUGAUAAUUUAAAGCCUAAUGAGUUCUUUAGGCUAUUAACAGAUCUACGUCUGUUCAUGAAUCCCUGUUUAACCUACACAUCUCAACAUUUUAAAUAGUCUAAUUUUUUUGUUGCAAUAAUUUUAAAAUUUACAUAUGCUGUUUUUUUGUUCAAGCUUUUUGCUAUCUUUUUAACAUGGAUGGGGUUCUGGCCUAAUGCAUUAUGUGUAGGGUGUCUGAUCUAAUAGAACAUGUUGAAGUUUCUGGACUGUUUUUUGUAAAAUACAUAUUUGAUGUUCUUUUUUUAAGAAGUACCCAAUUGGGUGGCAUCCACCCAUUACAAGAAAUUUGUGCUCUUAGCUUAUUAUUUGGUCUAGUCUAUUGGGCCUUAGUAUAUGCAUUUUCAUUAACUGUAAUUUUAUAGGUCAGUCACUGGCCAUUAGAAAAGCAGUCUUUAUUGUAAAUAUGUUGUGGGUGAGCAGCACUGGGUGAUAUAUUAGAAUAAAAAUCUAAAAUGUGAACAAUGACAUGAACAUUAUCCUUCAGCAUAUGAGUUUAAAUAACUGAUAAGUCAUGAAGCUGAACUGGAAAGUCAAGCUGCAAUAUUCUGACUGGAUUGGGUCUAUUAUGAGUGGAACUGUUGAAUCAUUUAUAGACAGUGGCCUUUGGUGAGUGAUUUAAUAAAUGGAUUCAUGCUACUAUGAUGUAUGUAUUGUAGAGUUCUAAUUAUACAAAAUAUAAUUCAACAUUUCUAUACUUUUGUUGGUUCUGUAUAUAGCUUCUACAUAUUUAUUCUGCAUUACAAAAGAUAUAUAAGUAUUUAAAUCUUUGUGCCUUUUGAAAGGUUUACAUAAAUACAUUAUCUUUAUUUUUGCAAUGUUGAUAAAGGUUUAAAUACAUUGUUUAAUAAAAAAUGAAGUACAACAU